AUGGGCGCCAAGCAGAGCGGCCCGGCCGCUGCUAACGGCCGCACCCGCGCGUACUCGGGCUCGGAUGUACCUUCCAGCAGCAGCGGAGGAGCCAACGGGACGGCGGGCGGCGGGGCGCGAGCCGCGGCCGCCGGGAGGCUUCCGGCUCAGGUGCCCAGCCCGCACCAGCCCAGCGCCUCCGGCGGCGCCGCGGCGGCCUCGGCGGCCCCGCGCAGCCGCUCCCUCGGCGGGGCCGUGGGGACCGUGGCGUCGGGGGCCCGAGCGGCGCAGUCCACCUUCAGCAUCCCCAACAGCAGCAGCGGCCCGUACGGCUCCCAGGACUCGGUUCACAGCAGCCCCGAGGACGGCGGCGGCGGCGGCGGCAGGGACCGGCCGGCGAGCGGGGGUUCCGGCGGGCCGCGCCUGGUGAUCGGCUCCUUACCAGCCCACCUCUCGCCGCACAUGUUUGGAGGAUUUAAGUGCCCUGUAUGCUCAAAAUUUGUACCCUCAGAUGAAAUGGAUUUGCAUCUUGUGAUGUGUUUAACAAAGCCAAGAAUAACCUAUAAUGAGGAUGUGCUGAGUAAAGAUGCUGGGGAAUGUGCAAUAUGCCUUGAAGAAUUGCAGCAGGGAGAUACUAUAGCACGACUGCCUUGUCUAUGCAUAUAUCAUAAAGGCUGCAUAGAUGAAUGGUUUGAAGUAAACAGAUCUUGCCCUGAGCACCCUUCAGAUUAAGCAUCAACUUCCUGUUUUAUAGGUUUCCUUGUCUUUUCAAGAUGCUUGAAAAACUGAGAGGAUAUGAAGAUCUGUCUCUGGAAGAAUAAAAACAAAAAUGCAGGCAUACUCAGCCAGAAAUCUAAGUUCUGUGAGACCCAGUAAUGCAGAGAUGGACAAUCAUAUAGGAAAAAAAGUCCUGCUGAAGAGAGGACAAUUGCCACAGAACUCAGUGUACCAAACAUGCAUAUAAAGGACACACAGGGAUUUUGAAAAUGCUGCACAUCCCUUAAUAGUCAUCUACAUAGGUAAUACUGAUGAACAUUUUGUAUUCAGACGCCAAAGUUAACUGAUUUAAAAGUUGAUUUACUUUUUAUUAAGUUCUCUAGAGCUGAGCAACUAGUUGUUUUUAAUUUGUUGGUUUUUAGUUUGGGGUCCCUUUAUUUUCCUCAACAUGAUGUUCCUGCAUUCAUCUAUUCUUAAAUUGAAGACCACAUAAUUUACUUCUUAAAAAUUAGUCUUAAAUGUGAAACCAAGAAAUGUAAUCAAGCAGUAAAACAUUCUCUGAAUGUAUACCAUGAUCUCAAGUUCUUCGAUUUUUUUUCCCCAAGAGUGGAAAAUAGACGACUACAUAGGAAAGCUAAAGUAUGUUAAUAUUUUAAAGGUUUAACAUUAUCAGAAUGCAGUCCAAAGAGUAAAAAAAUCAAGUGACAUAAUUACAUUUUAAUUAAUUAAAUCUAGGAUUAUCUACUGAAUUGCAAUUUAUUAAAUAUAUUGUUUCCUUUUCAAAUAAAACUGCUCAACAGUUAAUCAGCAAUGAAUCAUCUUGCAGCUAUGCAACUUUAAAAAAAUAUGAAUUACCAAUUUUAAGUGCUGCCAGCUACAGUAAUUUUGUUUUAACGGGUAUUUUUGUUUGUUCUUUUCAUGUAAUUAUUUUAUUGUGCUUUGCAUCUCCAGGCAGUUUUCCUACAUUUGGGUAAAAUGUUCAACAGGUUGUAAACUUAAUAACUUAUGAAAAGGGUAAAAUAAAAUUUUCUUGAGUGGAACUUGGAAUAACUUGAGGGACGUUUUUAUAUAUUUUUAAAAAUCAGAAUUUAAUUGGGAUGCCAGAUUUAUAGCAAUUUGCAUCUUUAAUUUUCCAGAUAAUCUGGAGUUUAGCAUUUGAUAAAUGAUUUUUUAAAGCAAACAUGAAGAUUUUGUUAACUUAUAAUUUAUUAAUGUGUUAUUACUGUAAUUGAAAAUGUUAUGGUUAAAUUCAGUCUUGUGUAGAAAGAAAUGUAUUAAGCAAAAUUAUGUGAAUAAAUAUUCCCACAAAAUA